CGCAGCUUGUGGGAGUGCGUCGUCGUGCGUGUCGAGGAGGGCUUUUCGCCGCGGCCGCCGCCGCCAGCCAGCCUCUCCUCGCCCCUGCCGUUGCUGCAGUAGUCAUGGCUGCUGACGGGGUGGAUGAGCGCUCCCCGUUGCUGUCCGCACCCAGCUCCGGCAAUGUCACGCCGACGGCCCCGCCGUAUUUCCCAGACAGCAGCCCAAGAGCAGAACUCCCACCACCCUAUACUGCCCUUGCCAGUCCGGACGCCAGUGGUGUUCCUGUAAUAAAUUGCCGCGUGUGCCAGUCGCUAAUCAAUUUGGAAGGGAAGCUUCACCAGCAUGUUGUCAAAUGCACAGAUUGCAAUGAAGCUACGCCAAUCAAAAACCCUCCUUCAGGGAAAAAGUAUGUUAGAUGUCCAUGUAAUUGUCUUCUUAUCUGUAAGGAUACAUCACGGAGAAUAGGAUGUCCAAGACCCAAUUGUAGACGCAUCAUUAAUCUUGGUCCUUUUAUGCUGAUUCCGGAGGAGCAGCCGGCACAGCCUGCAAUACCCGUUCAGCCAGAAGGCACGAGAGUGGUGUGUGGGCACUGUGGAAAUACUUUCCUAUGGAUGGAAUUGAGGUUCAACACUUUGGCAAAGUGCCCACAUUGCAAAAAAAUUUCUUCUGUUGGAUGUGCGCUCCCACGAAGACGCUGCUGUGCAUACAUUACCAUUGGAAUGAUAUUUAUCUUCAUUGGAGUUGGUUUAACUGUGAGUAACGUUGGUACACAAGAUUUUGCUAGAAAUUUUCAUGCCACAUAUGUUUCUUGGGCUAUUGCUUACCUCUUAGGCUUGGUCUGCCUAAUUCGAGCCUGCUACUGGGGAGCCAUAAAAGUCAGUUAUCCAGAGCACAGUUUUGCAUAGAUUCCUGAUGGUAGCAUAUAGAAAACUGGGAUUUCUAGAGGUUCUAAUGAUAUGAGCUAAAUAAUUUAAAUGUUUUUCUUUGAUGUUUUUAUUCUGUUACAAAUAGUUUUAAGGCUGGGGAUCCUUUAAGAACAAAUGUUCAUUGCACUACAUUAUAUGCAAAUAGUUUGUUUUGCUGCUAGAUUCCCAAGCUCUGAAUAAUGAAGCUUUGUUUACACAAUCGUACACCUGUCUUAAAAGCAGUGUUGAAUUCAACUCCAACAUACGAUAUUCUUUUUCCGUAUUAAACACCAGUCUGUGCCAUUUGGGGAUGAGUAUGCAAAAGCAAGAAGUGUUUAUAAGUGUUUCUACAUUUGCUUCACAUUUGUAUGUACACUUUAACAACUGUAUCAAAGUGGCUUGCUUUAAAAUUUAAGCAAUAAGCAUUCUGCUUGAACUGCUUACAGUAACUUUUACCUAAGAUCAGAGAGACCUUACUUGAGUAUGCAUCAUUUUUGAAGAGUGGAGCUUUUGUUAGGGAGACAUCGUUUGUAAACACUAUAUACUUUGGAAAUUCCCAGUUGAGAGAUGCAAUAUUUUGGUAGUCCAGCUUAAACCGACGUUUAUUUAUCCAUCACUGAAAUUCAACUUGGGUAAUCUUUCUUUUUCCUUUUUCCUUUUAAGGACCCUGGGACCUUAUAGAAAUUUUUAUCUUUUUACAGGCAAAUUCUAAAAAGCCAUGAUUGGAAUUAGGGAACUUAUCUCCAGUUAUUUGUAUGAGUUCCUUUACAGGGUCUAAGUAAGGGAAGUAUUUGAUAUGUUUUAUAAAUGUAGAUGACUGUAGGGUGAUGUUGGUUUACCUCUUACUUUGUCUGGAUCAUGGUAUGCUUUCCCUGAUGGGAGAAUAAUUCUCUGGUCAUUGCAAAGGGAGAUUUAUAGCUUUACACUAACUGAUGUAAAAUGAAAGCAAAUGGUUACUGCAAUCAUUCCUUCAAUGUAUAGCUGGUCAGUAUAACACUGAUAACUAAUCAAAUGAUGGGAAAACUGAAGACAGUUUUCUCAAGGUCUGUUCACAAAUGGAUUAUGGGGACCAGUUAUUGCACUGCCCAUCUCUGAAGUUUUACACAAAGUGUUUUUCUAAAUUCUGAAGGAAUGCCCUGAGCUGUUUAGAUUACAGUAGUCCUUAGAUAAUGGGGGUCAAGAAAGUAGAUUUAAUGUGGAUGUUUCAGGGUUGUGUAUAAUAUUUUCAAUGGUCUAUAUUCCUGUUGAGGCAAAGUGAUGCUUGGAUGAGGAUUUGGAGCACAAUAAAUGUAUAUUUCAAAUGAAAGUCUUUGUAUGUUAAAUGUACAAAAGCAGUAGCUCAGGAUUACCAUGUACCUUUUCAAAUACACUAAUAAAUAUUAUUAUUCAAAGCUAA